AAUAGAGUAAGUUAAGACUAAUUGUGGCAGUAUAUGUGCCCAAUUAGUUAUUAAUUCUUAAGAGUAAAAAUGCUGUCAACAAAUAUUCCAGGAAAUACACCAAUUGGGAAAACUUCAGAAUCAAUUCCAAGUUCAACUCCAAUAUCAACUCCUACGCCAACUCCAGUAAGUUCUACCCCAUUAAAUUCCAAUGGGAAUGAUUCAACUUCAACUUCAACUCCAACUCCAACUCGUCAAAAAUCCAAGACUGGGAGAAGUAGUAGAUCUAGUACUUUAAGUCAAAGUACUAGACAAUUUAAAUUAAUUUCAGUUAAUUUUAAAGAAGCAGCCUUAGAUUCUCCUAGUUUUAGAGCAUCAGUAAAUCAUUUAGAUAUUCAAAUUGCUAAUAUUGAAAAAUGGUUAGUUGCAUUAACAAGUUCAGUUAAAAAAUUCCCAUCAUAUAUUAAAGAAGUUCAAUCAUUUUGUAAUUCAUUUUUAGAACAUUUAGUUCCAACUUUUCUUCAAGAUGGAUUAAUUGAUCAAGAAUAUACGGUUCAAUCAUUACAUACAACCCUUGGAGGAUUAAAAAAAUUAUGGGGAUUAAGUUUAAAUGCUCUUAAUGUAAAUUAUUUUAAUUUAGAAAAGACCAGUGGAAUUAUAACUAAAAAUAUAAUUAGAUAUAAAGAAUUAAGGAAAAAGUAUGAAAUAACUCAAGAAAAGUAUGAUACAUAUUUAGAUAUUUAUCUUUCAACAUCUAAAUCAAAAGAUCCAAUAAUGGUUAUGGAAGAUGCAAAACAAUUAUAUCAAGUUAGAAAAGAAUAUAUUCAUGCAUCACUUGAUUUAAUUAUAGAAUUAUGUGCUUUAGGAAAUUUAAUUGAUAAACUGUUGGUAGGUUUAAGUACAUAUAUUUGGAAAUCAAAAUUUUCUCAAUUUGUUAAUGAUUCAAUUGAUCCUUAUUUUAAAGAGCAGGCUCAUAAAAUAAUGAAAAUUCAAAGUUGGUGUGAUUCUUAUUCUGAAGCAACUGAUAAAUUAUAUUCUGAUAUGAUACUUGCAAGAGGUCAAGUUGAAGAAAGUUCAUCACUUCAAUUUGUUCCAUCAACUGAUAUUAGUGAUUAUAAAACGGCAUUAAUCAAUAAUAAAACUUUAAAUGAAAUUGAUGAAAAAGGGUUAGAAAAACAUGGAUAUCUAUUUAUGAAAACUUGGACAGAAAAAUCUUCUAAACCAAUAUGGGUUAAAAGAUGGGCAUUUAUUAAAGGUGGAGUAUUUGGAUUAUUAGUAUUAAGUUCAUCACAAACUUUUGUACAAGAAACUGAUAAAAUUGGUAUACUUUUAUGUAAUGUAAAGUAUACUCCAAAUGAAGAUAGAAGAUUUUGUUUUGAAUUAAAAACAAGUGAUAUGACUAUUGUAUUUCAAACAGAAACUUUUAUUGAAUUAAAAUCUUGGUUAAAAGUAUUUGAAAAUGAAAGAAAUCGAAUUUUACAUAGUGAAGAUAAUGAUGAUAUAUUUAAUAUAGCAUCAGGAAGAUAUCCACCAAUAGUUGCUGAAUUUGCUUCAACUGCUAAUACAACUGUUGAUCGAGAUUUAACUAAUACUAGAAUUAUGAAUUCAAUGGGACAAAUUGUUACAUCAAGUAAUCUUUCAAAUCAUAUUAGAAAAGAUGAGAAAUAUUUUCAAAAACAUCUUUAUUAUCAAAUACCUCAAAUAAGACCUCCAUUUAUGACAGAUACAACUAAAUCAUCAAUAAUUUCUUUUGGUUUAACUGCUGCUACUUCAUUACCAACAGCAUUAACUGCAAAUUUAUGGGGAUCAGUAAAUUGGGGGAUAUAUUAUCUUCAUGAUGCUAUACAAGAUCAUGAACAUAAUGAUGCCACUAAUGCAAGACCAGAACAAGAACUUAUUGAUAAACAAUGUUCACCACAAGGAGAUUCAGGAUUAUAUUAUCCUGAUUAUUAUCCUCCAUCAUUAGUACCACUUGAUAUUCAAAUGAGAGCAUUAUUUGAAACUGCUGUUGAACAAGGUGAAUAUUGUAUUGUAUCAUUUAGAUGUAUUUGGUCACCUAAUUCAAGACAAGAAUUAAGUGGUAGAUGUUUUAUUACCAGUCAUCAUAUUUACUUUUAUAUGCAAGCUUUAGGAUUUGUAGCAUUAUUUAAAGCAUUUGUUGGUCAUCUUGUUGCAGUAGAUUAUAGUGCUCAAAAACAUUUUGAUUUACUUAAAUUAUAUACUGUUAAUGGAGUUAUUAAAACUAAAUUAUUUCUUGAUGAUGGGAAAUUAAUUAAACAAAAAUUAGUUUAUUUAAUUAAUAAUUUAGCUAGUGAAACUCCUAAAAAAUUUAAAGAACUUUUACAUGAUUUAGCAUUAAUUGAACAAAAAGUUCAUACUGAAAAUAAAGAUCAACAAAAAUUAAAAUUAAUUAAUCAAAUUUCAAGAAGUUUAAGUGAAGAAGGUAAAGCUAAACUUAAUUUUCAAAAUUUAGAUUCAAGAGGUGAUAAAGUUCCUUCAUUUGUUUCUACUGAUUCUACAAAACUUGAAGUAUUUAAAUAUGAUUUUUCAAGAGAUUAUAAUUAUGUAUUUGAAAGAACUUAUGAUUUACCUCCUAAGGCAAUUUUUCAUGCAUUACUUGGUGAUGAUUCUAUUAUAUUUAAAGAUCAUACAACAUUUGCAAGAUUAGAAUGUUUUAUAAAGAAACCUUGGAGUACAUCUCCAAAUGGUAAUUUAUAUCGUACAAUUAUAGCACCAGCCAAUUAUGAACAACGUAGAUUAGAUUUAAGAAUUGAUCAAGAAAUUGAUAAUAUGGUUGAUAAUCAAUAUUAUACAUUUACUCAUACAAAAUCCAAAAUGAAACUUUUCUUAGGAUCAAAAUUUUCUGAAACUUUUAAAUUUGCUAUUAUUGGAAUUGCUGGAAAGCAAUGUAAAGUAUAUUUUUAUACAAAGACACAAUUUGAAGGUUAUCAAGUAAUGAAUCCAUUUAUUCAUGAAUUUUCUAAACAAUUAGCUUCUAAUCAAAUUAAACAUUUAGAUAAAAGACUUCAAUUGGUUGUUAAAGAAGUAGGAAAUCAUGGAAUGAUUGUUAAAUCUAUUUAUCUUUAUGGUAAAUUAAGUCAUACAUCAAUAAGUGAAAAGGAAGAAAGAUAUCCUGUAAUUAGUAUUAGUUUAAUAAGUGUUAUGAAAAUGAUAUUUUUUAAAUUAAUGGUUACAACUACAAAGGGAUUAUUUCAAGUAUAUGAUAUUGCUUAUAAUACUGUUUUAAUAUUUAUUAAAGGAAUUCGAAUGAAUCAAGUUUUAUUAAUUAUAAUUGGAUUCUUAUGUCUAACUAAUUUAUUCUUUGCAGGAAAGACAUCUGCUACUUAUUGGACAGUUAGAAGAGCUAAUCAAAUAGCACAUGAGUAUAUAUUUUCAGAACCUAUGAUGUUAAAGAGAGCAGUCUAUUUACAAGAUAUUCAUGAUUUAAUUGAAAAUAAUUAUUCAAUUAUAUCAAUUAACGAAGACAAAGAUAAGGAAAAAGAUGAAAAUGAAAAUGAAGAAAUUAAAAGAAAUAGUACUAGUAAUAAUAAAUCUUUAUGUUAUAAGAAUUUUAAGGAAAAGUCAUUUAUGUUAAAUUAUGAUCAACCCAAUUUUUGGGAUUUAGAAACUAUUAAUGAACCUGGAGAAGCCCUUAAAAAACAAUUCAUAGAUAUUGGAGUUAAAAGGCAUGAAUUAAUAGUUCAAUUAAAAAUUUUAAAUGAUAUGGAACGAGAAAUUGCUCAAGCAGAAUGGCAAAAUUUUUUAUUAUCAGAACUUGAACGAUGUGAAUAUGUUAGUUCUAAUAUUUUAAAGAAUAUUGGUAUUGAUGGAAUUGAACAAGGGAUUGAAUCGGUAGUUGAUUAUUGUCGUGAUUGUUCUAAUCAAUUAAGUAAAUUAAAUCUUCUUUAAGUAUAUAU